AUGAGAAACAACUCUCCAAAGAAGGUCCAACAACUAGAGACACAAAUAAAUGAGUUAAAGAAGCAAAAUGAAGAACUUUUGCAAGAAAUCGAAGAAAUUAAACAAGAAGAUGAAGAAGACAGGAACCAAAUGCAUGAUUAUGAAAUAGAGAACAUUGAUCUGAGAUCUAAAGUCUCUGAUUAUCAAAAUGAACUUUCAAAUCUUGAAAAUUUGAUUAAUUCUUUGAAAUCAGAAAAAAUCAACUUAGAAGUUGAAAACAAAGAUCUAAUGUCUCAGUUGGAGAGGUUUAAACAGGAUUAUUCCGAUUACGAAGAAAGUAUUUUGGAAUCUGAUGAAAAUAAGAGAAUUAAAGAACUUGAAGAAGAAAAUAGAAAGUAUUUGAUCGAAAACUCAAAGAUUUCUUCUGAUAUAAAUGAUCUCCAGAAAGAAAUUAAAAAUCUUAAAUCUCAAAUCGAAAAUUCAAGGUCAGAAAAGGCCAGAAGUGAUGUUGAAAAGGCUGAACUCAAGGACAAGCUCAACAAACUCAUGGAAAAGAAGAUUUGGUCCGAUGAAAAUGAGCAAAUUCAGCUUCUCCAACAGAAAUUAACAGAAUUGAGUGAAGAAAACAAGAAACUCAGGUCUGUCAACAACAAACUCAGCAAGCAGAUGAGUUCUAACUCCUCAACAUCCCCUGUUGACACGAGUAUUUCACAAAUUUUGACUCCGAUGUCAACACCACGCGAAUUGCGAAAGAUGGCUAAGACAAUUGAGAAAUUGCAGCAAAGCGUUGAAUCACAGCGCUUAACAAUUGUCGAAUUGACCGAAAAAAUCGCGAAUUUGCAGCGAGAAAACGAAACAUUGCGAAACGAGAGUUCUUUGUUAGUUGCAACUGAUUCUGAGCGAAAACUCAUUGAAGAGAACAACGAACUCAGAAUAAAGAUUGAAACAAUCACGAAAGAAAUUUCUUCUUCUUCCGAAUUAAGAAGAAAACUGACAACAGUUCAAUCCGAAUUAAUCGAAGCGAACACGAAGUUGUCGAAGGUUUUGCAAGAGAAGAGAGAGCUCGAGCAACAGAAUAACGAGAGUUCUUUCAUCAAUAUGAACGAGAACGAGCAAAUCAUUGAAGAUUUGCAGAACAAACUCGAAUUUUCUUUGAAAGAAAAAACGAAAUUCGAAAAAAGAAUUUCUGAAUUGGAACAAAUCAACAAAGAAAACCAAGAAAAAAUAGAGAGAAUGAAUGAUGAAAUUAAAGAUUUGGAGGAAGAGAAACUCUCCAAAUCAAAUGAAACAGGAGAUAUCAAUGUUUUGCAAGAGAAAGUUCUUUCUAUGCAGAAAGAAACAAUUGUAAUGAAAUCUGAAUUGAUUGAGCUAGAAAAAGCUCGUUCUACAAUAAAAGUUCUUCAGAAGAAAUUGAAUUUCGUUCAGGAAGAACUAAAGAAUUCUGGUUCUGUUUGCAACUGCAGAUGUUCUGAAGCUUUGGCUGAAGUUGUUGAAGAAUUCAAAGCUCUGAAAGAAACUGUGUCUAAGAAUUCUGUGAAUGAAAUAAUUUCUCAGGAAUUGGAGAGACAAAAGAAAGAAAAUGAGGAAUUAAAGAAGAGAAUGGGAGUGAAUCAGUCAACUGCACAGUUCGCUUCAACUGCCGUCCAAGCAAUUUACAACAUAAUGAACUCAUUGGAAGAACAACACAGAGAACUAAUGGCUGCUCUUGGUUCUCCUGAACAUGUCGAAGAUAUAAGUUCUUAA